ACAGCCGGGGAGUAGUCAAACUGUCCACGAUCACAGAGCAAGCGGCAGGAAUCCUGCACGGACGCCCGAUAGCCCGGGUACCGCCGGGUUUUGGCCCUCUCCGGGACAGUAAUGCUCGUCUUGCCGCCGCCGCUUCCUCUCAGAUGUCCGCUUCCCGGUCGCUGAAUGGCGCUGGUUACCGUGCAGCGUUCACCGACCCCCAGCACCAGCUCCAGCCCCUGCGUUUCGGAGUCCGGUAGUGGGGAGGAUGACCGCCGCUCUCAGCCAAGAAGCAUCAGUGAAAGUUUCCUGACAGUUAAGGGAGCCGCUCUCUUCUUACCUCGAGGAAAUGGUGCCUCCCCUUCUUCUGCCUCUCGCUUUUCUCAGCUCCGAAGCAAACAUGCAGGAGACAUCCAGCAGCAUCUGCAGACGAUGUUCACCGUCCUCAGACCAGAGGACAACAUCAAGCUGGCGGUUCGUCUGGAGAGCAUGCACACUCAGAUCACCCGUUACAUGGUGGUGGUGUCCACCAACGGUCGGCAGGACACGGAGGAGAGCGUGGUCCUGGGGAUGGACUUCAGCCCUGUGGACAGCUCGUGUUCCGUAGGCCUGGUUCUGCCUCUGUGGAGCGACACCUUGAUACAUCUGGAUGGAGAUGGAGGGUUCAGUGUGUCAACUGAUAACAGAGUGCACGUAUUCAAGCCCGUUUCGGUUCAGGCCAUGUGGUCAGCCCUCCAGUCCCUCCAUAAAGCCUGCGAGGUGGCUCGUUGUCAUAACUACUUCCCAGGCAGCUUGUUCCUCACGUGGGUCAGCUACUACCAGAGCAGGGUCUCCUCCGACCAGGCGCGCAUCAACGAGUGGAACGCCAUGCAGGACGUGCAGUCGCACCGCGCCGACUCCCCCGUGCUCUUCUCAGACGUCCCGACAGAACGAGAGCUGACAGAGCGCCAGAUCAAAAGCAGCCUGCGGGAAAUCAUGAUGCAGAAAGAUCUAGAGAAUGUGACCUGCAAAGAGAUCCGAACGGAGCUGGAAAUGCACAUGACCUGCAACCUCCGGGAAUUCAAGGAGUUCAUCGACAAUGAGAUGAUUGUCAUUCUGGGCCAGAUGGACAGCCCGACGGAAAUCUUUGACCACGUCUUCUUGGGAUCUGAAUGGAAUGCGUCCAAUUUGGAGGAGCUGCAGAAUAGUGGAGUUGAAUACAUCCUGAAUGUCACGAGGGAGAUUGAUAACUUCUUCCCUGGUGUGUUCGAGUACCACAACAUCCGAGUUUAUGACGAAGAAGCCACAGACCUGCUGGCCUACUGGAACGACACGUUCAAGUUCAUAUCAAGAGCCAAGAAAUCUGGAUCCAAGUGCCUGGUGCACUGUAAGAUGGGGAUCAGUCGCUCUGCGGCCACGGUGAUCGCGUACGCCAUGAAGGAGUACGGCUGGGAUUUGAAAAAAGCCUUUGACUAUGUGAAGGAGCGACGAACUGUGACCAAACCCAACCCUUCGUUCAUGAGACAGCUGGAGGAGUAUCAAGGCAUCCUGCUGGCCAGCAAGCAGAGGCACAACAAGCUGUGGCGGUCCCACUCCGACAGCGACCUCUCCGAGCACCAUGAGCCUCUGUCUAAAUCCUACGCCCAGCCCCUGAGCCUCGGCCGCUCCGACCCCCACAACCAGUCCGGCAGCAUGCCCGGCCCGUCUGUGAAAGAACUGCUGGAGUCGCUGGCUGCUCCGGGCAGCGCCGGCAGGACCGCCCUCUCCACGAUGCAGCCCGACGCCGGCAUCAAGCCCAGUCCGCUCAGCUCCUCCUUGGAGGGGGUGUCGUCUCUGUCGCGCGACGGCGGAGCCCUGAGCCUGGAGGCCCCGGCUCAGAGCGGCCGGCUCAACCCUCCCCGUCCUCACUCCACGGCGGGCUUCGUGUCCCUGUCGUCCUCCCCGCUCUCCAACGGUUUAUGUGAUUCGGAGGAGCAGCCCUCGUCGCUCCCGUGCUUUCAGCCGAGGGCCGCCGCCGCCGUGGUGCCCGAGCCUCAGAAGACCGAGGCCGUGACUGUCCCACAAAGCGUCUCGGUGGGCCAGCCUCACCCGCCGCCGUCCCUCCACCGCCUCCCCACCUCCGUGUCCCCGGCUCCCCCCUGCCGGGAGGGCGAGGCAGACAAACCAGCGAUGCCGUCCUGCUGUCAGCCUGCGGUGAAACCCGAGCCGUCGUCCACGUCCGAGCCGGCGGCGGCACAACCACCAAGCGCACAGCAGGCCGCAGCGCACGGUCCGUCCGCACCGGCGCUCAGGAAACCAGAAUGUGACCAUCAGGCGUCCGGCCCUCCUCCGGACGGCUCGGCGGCCCCUCCCCCUCCCGCUAACGAGUUUAUCAGUGCCAUUCCUCACGACGGCGUGGCGUUGUUCGGCCACAGUGCGGACCACAUCAACUUCUUCAGUGCCAGAGAAAAGUUCAAGGGAAUGAGUCAAGACGGUAAAAGUCAGUGUGCUGCAGGACAGCCGUCGACGAAGAGCUGUGGCAGAGGCGGCCAAGCGCCGCUGCAGGAGCUUCCCCCUUCUGAGAGCAGCGAGGAAGAGAAGAAAAAGGAGAGUCCUACCCCUGUGCAGGUCACAGCACUGAAGCCGGAGACUUCACCUCCCAGCCAAGCAGAGCCUCAAGCGCCCCACAACCAGGAAGCGAGGAAGCCCCGGCAGGAAACGGAGGUCAGAGAUGUUUUAUCACUGAAGGAAGCGGAGAAUGUAAGAGAGGAGGAGGAGGCGGCGCCGCCCCGUCUCUACAGCGACUGGACCAGGGGGUCCGUACGGCGCGUCACUCAACAGCUGGAGCAGCGAAUGAAGCAGGAGCACGACACGCCCUCGCCCUCCUCCUCGCCCCCGUCCCUCUCCGGUAGCUCCGCCCAUUCGCAGCGGCGUCCGCACAGCAUCCACACCGCGACGCUGUCCGAGCCGCGGGAGAGCGCCGCCGUGCAGGAGCAGAAACAGGACAACGCUCCAGACAGAAAUGGGAAGAGCGUGAAAGGAGACAAACUCCAGCCUGCUGACUCCAGACUCCUCUCUACCUCGUCUCCUUUCCACCUCUUCGCCCAGUCCCCCUUCGCCUCGGUCAACUUCCUGUGCCUGGAGGGCGUGACGGAGCUGGAGUCCAGCGCCGACUGGGACUGCUCCGCGGAGGGACCCAGCGGCGACGUCCACAUGAGGGAGACGUGGGAGACCCUGUGCGAGCUGGGCGCCUUCCUGCAGCAGGUGGCCAUGGGAGAAACCCGCAAGGCCAUGUGCGCGGGCCCGGACGCCGCCGCGGCUCCGAACCGAGGGAGCAGCAUCCAGAAGAGAGUCAGGGAGGUGGAGGCCAGGAUUCGCCAGGCGGGGCUCACGCCUCCGUCGCUCAUGAAGCGAUCGGCCUCUCUGGCCAAACUGGGCUGCCUGGAGCUGCUCGCCAACGAACUGAGCGAAUGGGAGUUUGGCCGGUCCGCCGCGGCCGCCACCUCGGCGCGGCCUCCGGUCCACACGCCGAGCGACGAGUCCAAGAAGCAGCGCGUCCAUCGCCUGUCGCCCUCGGCGGACCGGCCGCAGGACGCCCUCCGUGCAGAGAGGCUCUCCAAAGGUGGAGAAACCCCGCCGGGCGGACGUCUGCCCUCAAAUCCGAGUCCGCAGAGAGGGAAGCUCUCUCCCAACUCUGCUCAAGAUUGCCUGCCUGCAUCAGGACCCACGCUUUUAACAACAAGGCAACAGUAUGGAAGGACUCAUCCUCUGAGGCGGCUUAAGAAACGAACUGUCAGUACCCUCUAUCACACCAUGUAACCCUCAUCAUGUCCGUCUCAGUGUGUCUGUGUGUGAAGAGUGAGGGAUGGAGAUGAGGAAUGUUGGAUUUAUUCAGCAAAACAAACCAAUGCCUCUUGCCUUAAAGAAUAUGUUUAGUAGUAUCUGUCCUUUUUUUUAUGUUUUAUCUCCUUACAGAUCCACCAAGAGCCUCUGUGAAAUCUGUGAUUUGUGAUUCCGGCCUCAACAGUGACAAACGUCUGCAAAGGUUUUCACUGUUUCAAAUGAAAAGCAACAAGUCAGAGAGAAAGGAACAUUUACCGAACAGCAGCAGAGUCAAUCAUUCAGAUGCACAGGGGGGUGAGCCCGCCCCCUCCCUCGUCACUGCUGGUUUCUCAUUUUUCACCGUUACUUGAGCACAGUCGGUCGGUUGAACGCGCCAUCCUGGUGUUUUUUUUGUAGAAUGUAGCUUCGGUUUCACUUGUCUCCUGUUUUCACCUCAUAUAUUGCUGGUUGUUGGGGAGAAAGGGAUGCAGCUGGUUGUAAUCUGACAGGCUGACAGGCAGAAUUAAAUCCUGCUCUGCAUUAAAAAAAAUAAAAAUUUGUCAGACCUUUUCAGAAAUCCAGUCAUUACCCUCCUCAAAAGAUGCAUCCAGAGCUGGAAAAAAAAAAAAAACACUUGCACAGGAGAGGACACAGUUAACCGUGAAAUGUAAAAAAAAAAAA